UCUCUUGAUACUACUGUGACGCCCUCCAGUAGCCCAGAACCGCCACUUGCACGACCCAUAUAAACCCAUGGCUGGGUCCCGACAACCGUGAAAAUUCAGAAUUAUACUGUCCCCUUGUUGCCUCCAGCUUUGGACCUCUACAGAAUUCAUCUCUCUAGGCCACUCCAUGCAUUCCUACGCGGUAAUUGUGAAGAGGGAAGCCAAGAGAAACUAGACACCCCCAGUCGAAGCAGCAAAAUCAUGGGCACUUCUAUCCGGACCUUGGAAAAAACGUAUAUUAGUUCUUGCAAGAAGCACGGUGUCCUACCUAACGCCGCAAUUUUGUCUGGUUUCUUCAAGGUUGAGGUUAAAAAAUCUAAGCACGAGCUUUGUAGCAUGGACAUAUUCUUGGAGGAUCUCAAGGAUAUUGACUUUCUGCCUCUUCUUGAUGUAUGUUUUGAAAUUGAUACUUCUGAGAUUGAAGCAGUGGAUGUACGCAAUGGAUUAUCAUGUGUGUUGAAUGGAGAGUACGCUUUGUCGCUGAUGCGUGCUUUGAGGCAAAAGCUUCGAGUGGUUGAUCUUCAGGAUUUACCUCUUGGAAAGGACUUCUUGUGGGAUCUCUGUCAUAGAGGUUUGAAAUGCCAAGUUCUUAACAUGAGGUCUUCGCCUUUCCGAAAGCUCAACAUGGGAGGCAAGUUUAUGGGGAUGCACACUCUCAUUCUUGAUUUCAGUCGCUUAUUGACUAGCUUUCAAGAGGAUUGCUUUACUUGCAUGCCUCACCUUAUGUUUCUCUCAAUGUGUGAGACGAGAGUAACAAAUCUUUGGACAACUAUUGCAGCACUGUCCAAACUCCCCUCUUUAGUGGAACUUCGAUUUCAGAAUUGGUUAUGCUGCACUAGCCAGUGUUCACCUACAUCAUCAGGCAAGACCUUGGACAGUCAAAUGCAUGUCAGUUCACCAAACACGGCUAUUUCCUUUUCAUAUUCAUCCAUCGGUAUUGGGGAACUCACAUAUCAUAACUCAACUGCAGAAGAAAGUCUUGGUAGUGUGUUUCCACCUAAUAUUAGUGAUAUUGAGGAUGAAGUUCAAAGCUCAAGUGAGGAUUCAUCCAAUGAUAGUGAAGCGGAUUUUUUAAGUCACCAACAAGAAGACAAUUGUGAGGAUACAUUGUCCAACACAUCUCCAAUAUGGGAUGGACAUGUUCACAUGCACAAUGAGGUUUUUGGUAUAUUGUCGAGCCGAAAUGAAGAACAAGCAUAUGACGGUCAUUCUACAAGUCAUGUUGCUGAUGUUGCAUUUCAGUAUAUUUCUUUUCAUGCAUCACCAAUAUGCUUUGUGAAGCAUUAUAGAGAUUACAUGAUAGCUUCAUUACCCAAUUUGAAAGUUUUGGAUAAUUUAUCCAUCAGAAAUACUGACAGGGAAAGGGCUACCGAUAUUUACUCACAGUACUUUGAAUGCCUACCAUACCGAAGGAAGUGUAAAGAAAGUGUGGUGAGUGUCUUGCAUAAGCGUGAAAUAAAAGCAAGUCAUAGUUUUAUGGGGUGUCCAAAUCACGAGUCUGCAUAUCCUUACGGAGACUCUCCACACUCCUAUACUAGGUCUCUUUGUGCUGCCAAAUUGGGGUCUUCUGUCUUUUUGCAUCCACUUUCAAUAUCAAAUCAAAGCAAAUCCUUUCGUCCAAGGCAGUUUGAGUACCAUCCAUCUGACUCUUGCCUUAUGGUUUUUGGAACUUUAAAUGGUGAAGUAGUUGUAGUCAACCAUGAGAAUGGGAACAUUAUUGGUGUUAUCAACUCGCUUGGAGCAAUGAACAGUGUGUUGGGGUUAUGCUGGCUCAAGAGAUAUCCCUCGAAGCUCAUAUCAGGUGCAGAUAAUGGUUCAAUAAAGUUGUAUGACAUCCAGCUUGUCUCCUCCCCAUCAAUAGGCACAUCUAGUGGUGCUAGUUCCGUCAGUUUUGACGAUUUUGAUCAAUUAACUUCUGUUCACGUUAACUCUACGGAUGAACUAUUUCUUGCAAGUGGAUACUCAAAAGAUGUAGCUUUAUAUGACAUCAACAGUGGCAGUCGUCUACAGGUGUUCUCCAAUAUGCAUCGGGAGCAUAUCAAUGUUGUUAAGUUCGCAAACCACACUCCAUCUAUUUUUGCUACUUCGUCGUUUGAUCAUGAUGUCAAGUUGUGGGAUUUAAGACAGAAACCAAUACAGCCAUGCUAUACUACUUCAAGCUCUAAAGGAAAUGUGACGGUUUGCUUUUCGCCUGAUGACCAAUUUCUUCUUGUGUCAGCUGUUGACAAUGAGGUUAGACAACUGUUGGCUGUUGAUGGACGGCUCCACUUGGAUUUUGAUAUAGCGUCUACAGGAAGCUCAUCAAAUUACACACGUUCCUACUACAUGAAUGGAAGAGACUAUAUUAUAAGUGGGAGUUGUGAUGAACAUGUAGUUCGUAUUUGCUGUGCUCAAACUGGAAGGCGUCUGAGAGACAUAUCAUUGGAGGGAAGUGGCUGGGGAAAUUCAAUGUAUGUGCAGUCGUUGAGGGGUGAUCCUUAUAGGGAUUUCAAUAUGAGCAUCUUAGCAGCAUAUAUGCGACCGGCCUCGAAAUCUGAAAUUGUCAAGGUCAAUUUGUUGGCAUCCAGUGACCAUGAAAAUGAAUACUCUGACCAUGGACAUUCUCGUCCUUCCCAUAGCAGGGGAGGUUGAAGCACACCACUUUUUUUGUACUGAUGACUUGCAGAGAUUGUUUGUCUUUAAUCAUAAGUGCAUUUAGAAUGAUCCUUAGGUGACCUUUGUCUAUGUUUUAUUGAAUUGUGAGUCUGUUAUAAGCAAUUUAAGGAUUAAUUGGUUGA